AUCACUAACAAUCCUAUGUUAUGUAUUGUAUGUGCCUAUAAAAAGAUAAAGAGUCAAGCUUUUUGCUAACUCACACAUUGUUAUUGUAUAUCUUAUCUUAUUCCAUUUCAAGAAUCAACAAAUAUUUGAAGAUAUGGAGAAGAUUAAUCAAGAUGAGCAUCAAUUAUGGAUGAUAGAUGAAGGACAUGAAUUAGAUCAUGGUGAAAUUUGUGAUAAUAAUAAUAUGAGCCACUCAUCUUCAUCAUCAAUUUCAUCAUCUAUUGGUGAAGGAUCAUCAAACAUCUCUAAUGGAUCUUGUUGUUCAUCUUCACUUGAUACAACAGAUGAUGCAUCUUCAUCACCUUCUUCUGAUGAUGGAGCUUUAUAUGACUUAUCAUCCCUCAUGUCACAACUACCAAUCAAGAGGGGAUUAUCUAAGUUUUAUGAAGGGAAAUCACAGUCUUUUACAUCUUUGUCAAGAGUGACAAGUUUAGAAGAUCUUGCUAAGAAAGAAUCACCAUACAGAAGAAAAAUGAAGUCUUGUAAGAGUUAUGGAGCUGGAUUGGAUUCUUAUAAAUCAUAUACUCUUCCUAAGGCAACUAUAUUGAAGAAAGCUUCUAAAAGUUCAUCAUUUUCAUCAUAUGGAAAGGCAAGUUUUAUCAGCAGGAGCAGGCCUCCUCUAAUUCCUGUGCAAGAGAUAUAGUGUGUAGUACAGAAAACAAAAGAAAAUAAGGAGAGUGAGUGUUGUAUUUAUUCAAACAGAAAGAGAGAUCUAGGCUAGAGAGUGAGAAAGAGUUGUGUAUAUGUAUACUUCAAUUUUGGAUAUGUUAUUGCAUUUUUGGAUAUAUUAUUUGCCCUUGAAA